CUCCACUCAUUCCCAGGCCACCCUAUCAAAACUACCAAUUCCCGGAGAGCGGAACAUCCACCGCCCGAUAUCGAAGCUCCGAUCUCUGACCAUUGGCCCAAAAAAUCAUCCCCAAGCUCUCACGACAAUCGACCUCAACGGUGCGCCGACGACCAAACGACGAACGACGAAAGAACGCCGCGGCGCGCACCACCCUUCGUCCCGUCGACAACCACUACCGCUAUCCAAAACCACCAUCCCCGAUACCGCGGAUACGAACAACGCCCACAAUGAGCUUCACAACCCUUCGGCCCCGGCCCUCCCUCCUCACCUCCCUCCAAAACCUCACCCUCACCACCACUCCCACCACCGCAACCCGCGCCUUCUCAACCUCCGCCCCCCUCGCCACAAAAACAAUCUCCCUCCAAAAGAUCCCAACCUCCGCCGUACCCCCCUACCCCCACGGCCCCCGCCUCCUCUACAAACAAUCAAACCACGGCCUCUACGGCACCUCCCGCAUCCGCCACGGCCACAACGUCUCCCCGAAACACCACCAAGUCACCCCGCGCACCUGGCGCCCCAACGUCCACCGCAAGCGCCUCUGGUCCGAGUCCUUGGGGGCCUGGGUCCGCACUCGCCUCACCACCCGCGUCCUGCGCACGAUCCGCAAGGAAGGCGGCAUCGACGCCUACGUGACAAAGACCAAGGCCGCGCGCGUCAAGGAGCUGGGACCGGGGGGCUGGAAGCUGCGGUGGCUUGUCAUGCAGACGGCCACCUUCCGGGAGAGGUACGUCGCCGAGAGGGAGAAGCUCGGCGUCGAGGGCGAGAUGAGGGAGGAUCAGACGGAUUUGGUCACCGUCAUGGUCGACGCUGCUACGCCGGGCCCCCUGAGCGCCGUGAGCAGGGGGAUUCUCGAGAAGAGGGCUGCGCAGAUGAUUAUGGAGGAGUUUGCGCUGGGCGAGGAGGCCGAGUUCGGGGCUGAGGAUGGCGAGGGGUACGAGGACGUUCAUGUGCCUGGUAUCGGAGAGCCCGUUACUGAGCAGAGGAUAUGAUGUUUGAGUUGGGUGACGGUCACUUGUGGAAGGAAGAGAGAGUGUAUGUUUCGGGAGAGAGAAAAAAGUCAUUGUAUCAUAUGUACAAAAAUUCUCAUGUCAUCAAACUACUUUUUAGAGGA